ACCCCCGAAUCCCUUCCCACUUCCUCACUCUCUUCCUUCUUACAAACACACACCUCACACACUGAUACUGCUGCUCCGCACCGUCGGAAAAAAAUGGGGUAUAGUGACACAACAACCGCUACAACUAUUACUUCAAAAUCUUCUCGCUCGGUUUCUCCUUCUUCUCCCUCCUCUCCUCCCACGCCUCCUCCUCCGGCCGUGGUGGUCAGCCCCUGCGCUGCAUGCAAGAUCCUCCGGCGGAGGUGUGCCGAGAAGUGUGUCCUGGCACCAUAUUUUCCUCCCAACGAUCCCAUCAAGUUCACCACCGCUCACCGUGUCUUCGGAGCCAGCAACAUAAUCAAGUUUUUACAGGAGCUGCCGGAGUCCCAGAGGGCCGAUGCAGUGAGCAGCAUGGUUUAUGAAGCAAACGCCAGGCUGAGAGAUCCUGUAUAUGGAAGUGCGGGGGCCAUUUGCCAGCUGCAGAAGCAAGUGAACGAUCUCCAAGCACAAUUGGCCAAGACACAGGCUGAGCUGGUCAACAUGCAAUGCCAACAAGCCAACCUCAUGGCUCUCAUUUGCAUGGAAAUGGCACAAUCUCCGCAGGCUUCGUCACCUCAGCAACAGAGCUUUGACAACAACUUCAUCAAUUCUAGCAGCCAACUCGCAGCUUUCCAGGCUAAUCUCAAUCUCUUGGAUGAAAGCCACCCGUGGGAUCAUCCGGCUCUCUGGACUUGAUGGCUUUUAAUUCCAAGUUCCAACCGAAGGAUUCCCGAUUUGAUUUUUAAUCAAUUUUCCUAACUCUCUAGGUUAAUUAUGCCAUUACCGGCGACGAGGAGCGUGAGACAUUCAAAUUGUACCAAUAAAACUAUGCUGUAUCUCAAUUGCCAUGUUUUUAAACUCGGACCGGACCGGGCGGUUCGACCGGUUGAACCGGGAACCGGAGACAUGUCCGGUCCGAGUUUGUUCAAAAACUCGGGUGACAAAGACUCGGUCAAAACCGGUCAAAAUCCGGGUUUGACCGGAAACUUGGAACAACCGGGAAAACCCGGUUCUUUUUGAGCAUCCAAUUUCUGCUAUUCUUACCAGAUAUUUUUUUCUAA